AUGUCGUUGGGCUCCGUGAACAACACAUCAGAACUGACGUACCGAAGGGUUAAUGCGCUGAAUGUGUGUGACACGUGUGAGCUCAGCACGACACUCUCUAUUGACCAGCGAGGUAUGGUCGCUGACAAUGACACAUCCAUCGCUGAGGAAUCCUGCUCCACGAACGCGUGGUCUCGGGCCACCUAUGCCGACAAUGUACUUGUGGGGUUUUUGAUGGUACUCAUUGGCUCUGAUUGGGAUGACGGCAUCGAGUGCCCUGGUGCAUUCCUCUGGCGCCUGAUGAUUGCUGGCCCUUUUCACUUUUCAGGGACUGGGCUUUGGCCGUCGAGCAGUUGA